AUGAAUAAUUCCCCACAGUCAUUUGCAGACACAGCUCCCCUUAGUCCAACACGUUUUCAGGUCCAUGUGAUCAGUGAAGGUUAUGACAAUCCCACCUGUGAAGGAGAUAAGGACCCUCCACAGUAUGAAGAGACAUCUUUUGCUGGUGGAGACAGGCUUAGAAUGUUCAAUAUCCUGCACAAUGGAGACACUAUUAAGACAGAAGGAAGUUUCCAUCCUUACGACACUCACAAUAACACAUAUUACAUGAAAACAUUUGGUCACAACACCAUGGAUGCUGUUCCCAAGAUUGACUAUUAUAGAAACACUGGCAGUGUCUCCGGGAUCAAGAAAAUCCGACCGAGUCUGGCAGAAAUCCAUGAGCAGCUGUCAAAGGAUGUAGCAGUGACUCCUGGCUCUGUUUCAAAUGGAGAAGGUGCUUUGGGCGAUGAAGAGCAGAAUGAAGAGGAUCAACAGAAGGGAGGAUUUGUAAAAUUUGGAUGGAUAAAGGGUGUUCUGGUCAGAUGCAUGUUAAAUAUAUGGGGUGUGAUGCUUUUCAUUCGACUCUCAUGGAUUAUUGGUCAAGCAGGAAUUGGUCUUGGAGUGGUUGUCAUUGCUCUCAGUGUGGUGGUAACCACACUGACAGGUCUUUCUAUGUCAGCUAUAUGCACCAAUGGCAUUGUCAGAGGAGGUGGAGCAUAUUAUCUUAUUUCCAGAAGCCUUGGACCAGAAUUUGGUGGAUCUAUUGGACUUAUCUUUGCUUUUGCAAAUGCUGUUGCUGUUGCUAUGUAUGUGGUUGGUUUCUCAGAAACUGUUGUGGAUAUUCUAAAGGAUAAUGAUGCAAUCAUGGUGGAUGACAUGAAUGAUAUUAGGAUUGUGGGGACAAUAACAGUAAUCUUACUGCUUGGCAUCUCUGUAGCUGGCAUGGAAUGGGAAGCAAAGGCUCAAAUUGUGUUGCUGGUUAUCCUGCUUAUCGCCAUUGCCAACUUCUUUAUCGGAACUGUUAUCCCUACCACAGAGGAGAAGAGAUCAAGAGGAUUCUUUAAUUAUCAGGCUGCAAUAUUUGCUGAAAACUUUGGUCCAGAAUUCAGGAACGGUGAAGGUUUUUUCUCUGUCUUUGCUAUUUUCUUCCCAGCCGCUACUGGUAUUCUUGCGGGGGCAAACAUUUCAGGAGAUUUGGAGGAUCCACAAGCUGCUAUUCCAAAAGGAACCAUGCUGGCCAUCUUGAUCACAACCAUCGCCUAUUUAGGAGUGGCUAUUUGUGCAGCUGCAUCAGUAGUGCGUGACGCCACCGGAAAUAUCAACGAUACAAUCACUUCUGCCAUAAACUGCAAUGGAUCGGCCGCCUGCAGCCUUGGUUAUGAUUUCUCCGUAUGUGAAUAUGAGAAAUGUAACUAUGGGCUGAUGAAUAACUUUCAAGUCAUGAGUAUGGUAUCAGGAUUUGGCCCCCUGAUCAUUGCUGGCAUUUUCUCAGCCACCCUGUCCUCGGCUCUGGCAUCACUUGUCAGUGCACCCAAAGUAUUUCAGGCUCUCUGCAAGGAUAACAUUUACAAAGCACUUCACUUUUUCGCUAAAGGACAUGGAAAGAACAACGAGCCAAUCAGAGGAUACGUUCUUACAUUUGUCAUUGCACUGGCCUUUAUUCUGAUUGCUGAACUGAACACCAUUGCACCCAUAAUUUCCAACUUCUUCCUGGCUUCUUAUGCCCUGAUCAACUUUUCCUGUUUCCAUGCGUCAUAUGCAAAAUCACCAGGAUGGAGACCUGCAUUUAAAUAUUACAACAUGUGGGUAUCCCUCUUUGGAGCGCUGCUGUGCUGUGGUGUGAUGUUUGUCAUCAACUGGUGGGCUGCUGUCAUCACUUAUGGGAUAGAACUAUUCCUGUACAUCUACGUGACAUACAAGAAGCCAGAUGUUAAUUGGGGAUCUUCAACCCAGGCUCUUCAGUACACAAAAGCCUUAUCCAGUGCUUUGGACUUGAACAUUAUAGAUGAGCAUGUGAAAAACUUCAGACCUCAGUGCUUGGUUUUAACUGGUGCACCAAUGGCGAGACCAGCCCUUUUGGAUAUUGCUCACUCCUUCACCAAGAACAUAGGGCUUUGUAUCUCCUGUGAGGUGUUUGCUGGACCACGCAAACAGGCUGUGAAAGAAACGAAUGGUGGCAUGAUCAAGAAGCAGGCAUGGUUAUCUAAAAACAAGAAGAAUGCCUUUUAUGCUGCCGUUGCUGCUGAAAACUUCAGGGAAGGUGCAAGAACAUUCCUUCAGGCUGCCGGUUUGGGAAGAAUGAAGCCAAAUACCCUUGUGAUGGGCUUCAAGAAAGAUUGGAGACAGGCCAGCACAGUGGACUUGGCAAACUACGUGGGCAUAUUGCAUGAUGCAUUUGACUUUGAAUAUGGAGUUGUAAUUGUAAGGAAUAAUCAAGGAUUCGACAUCUCUGCAGUUCUUAUGGCUCAAGAGGAGUUCCAGAGACUAGAAAAAGAGAGACUGGCGCUUGAAGCAACUAUUAAGGAGAGUGAAUUUCAAGAUGGAAAUAGCAGGAUUCGCAGGUUCUUCUCUAAAUCUGACAAGCUGAAUAUUUCCAGUGAAGCUACUAAGAAAGAUGUCAGUACAGCACCACCAAUGCACAUGGGCGAGUAUAACCAGAGACUUGUAGAAGCCAGUGAACAGUUUAAUAAGAAGCAAGGGAAGGGGACUAUUGAUGUUUGGUGGCUGUUUGAUGACGGAGGUUUGACGCUACUAAUUCCACAUAUUCUGACCCUGAGGAAGAAAUGGAAGGAUUGUAAACUGAGAAUCUUCAUAGGUGGAAAAGUGAACCGCAUUGAGGAUGAAAAAUUAGUGAUGGCCUCAAUGCUCAGUAAGUUCCGCAUUAAAUUUGCCGAUGUAUAUAUUGUUGCAGACAUUAACACUAAGCCUAGCAAAGAAAGCUGGAAAUUUUUUGAAGAGAUGAUUGAGCCCUAUAGACUCCAUGAAAGUGCCAAUGAUGUACCCACAGCAGAGAAAAUAAGGAGAGAAAACCCAUGGAAAAUAACAGAUUCAGAACUUGAGAUGUUCAGAGAAAAGAGCUAUCGCCAAGUGCGACUUAAUGAACUUCUACAAGAACAUUCUCGUUCUGCUAACCUCAUUGUUCUGAGCCUCCCUGUUGCAAGAAAAGAAACAGUUUCUGAUCACCUGUACAUGGCAUGGGUAGAAAUCCUUUCUAAAAAUCUUCCAACUGUACUACUGGUCAGAGGAAAUCACAAAAGUGUACUGACUUUCUACUCUUAACACCGAAAGCCUCAAUUUCCAUGCGAUUGUAUUUACUGCGUCUACAAAAAAAAAAGUGAUAUACAUAUUCAAAAUUAAUGCCAAAAACUAAAAAGGGAAAUUUAAAUUUGUGUGAAAAUUCAAAUUCUAUCUUAUAUGGAAAACAAAAGCGAAUUCAAAUGACCAAUGCUGAAUGAUAUGGCUUGACAGGCACAUAAUUGUAUUUUAUAGUCUAACAUUCUUAUAAUCAGCUCUCUGUCCUAUUUUAUUGAACUCAAUAUAUUAUCUUAGAUCUGUUGUAUCAAUGGAAUAGGAAUUUUUGGCAACUCUAUUAUUGGGUUUUCUCAGUCUUGUUUGACCACCUAUGAACUUAAUGCUGUAUUUUUAUGGAAACACAGAAAUUUUAUAAAUUUUAUCAGUCCUAUUGAUUCACCGCUAGACAUCUGAAUGUAUGUAAAGAGAAUAAAUCUAUCUAAAAAUGUA